AUGCAAGCUGUUGAUCGGACGCAGUUUGCGCCACUUAAGAAUGACUUGAUGUUAAGGGCUGCGAGGGGUGAAGAUGUUGAACGACCUCCGUGCUGGAUCAUGCGGCAAGCAGGUCGGUACUUACCCGAAUACCAUGACGUGAAGGGUGGCCGUGACUUCUUUGAAACCUGCCGUGAUGCUGAAAUAGCUUCGGAAAUCACGCUUCAGCCCGUAAGGAGAUACGCAGGCCUUUUGGACGCUGCAAUUAUCUUCUCGGAUAUUCUGGUGAUUCCGCAGGCGAUGGGGAUGCGCGUAGAGAUGCUGGAGGGCAAGGGCCCGCACUUCCCCGAGCCACUCCGGACCACCGAGCAACUGAUGAAGGUGCUAGAGUACGAAGUGGAUGUGCUGCGUGAGCUCGACUGGGCUUUCCGGGCCAUCACACUAACGCGGCAAAAGCUGGCCGGCGAUGUGCCUCUCUUCGGCUUCUGUGGAGGGCCCUGGACAUUGCUAGUCUACAUGACCGAGGGAGGUGGCUCGCGUCUGUUCCGCUUUGCCAAAGAAUGGAUUCACAAACGUCCAGAACUUGCGCAUAAACUACUGCAGAAAAUCACUGACGUUGCAAUUGAGUUUUUGGCGCAGCAGGUUGUAGCUGGUUGCCAGAUCCUGCAGGUGUUCGAAAGUUGGGGUGGCGAGCUGUCCCCUGCCGACUUCGACGAAUUUUCGCUGCCGUACCUGAAGCAAAUUGCGGCUGCCGUUCCGGCACGUCUACGCGAACUAGGCAUUACUGAAGAUGUCCCAAUGACGGUUUUUGCCAAGGGCUCGUGGUAUGCUCUAGACAAGCUCUGCGACGCAGGCUAUAACACCGUUUCCCUCGACUGGCUGUGGGAUCCUGCCGAGGCCGUUCGUAUCAACAACGGCAGAGUCACCCUACAGGGCAAUCUGGACCCGACCGUCAUGUAUGGUUCCGAUGAGACUAUCACCAAGAAGACUGAGGCAAUGAUCAAAGGAUUCGGUGGUGGCAAAAAACAGUACAUCGUCAAUUUCGGUCACGGAACGCACCCUUUCAUGGACCCAGAGAAGAUACGCCAUUUUCUUGAGGAAUGCCACAGAAUCGGGAAGAUGUAA